CGAUUAGCACACAAAUCGCAACUUGUACAACUGCUCAACGGAACGAACAUUGAACGAACAUGCCGGAUUCUGAAGUAAAGUGUGAAUUUAGGUUAAAAUUUGAUUUUGUUUGUACUUUGUAAUUCUCAAGAGAUUUAGGUCUUUGUUCUGUAUCAAAUAAGUGCUAAUUCACAUUAUUUCAAAUAUGUUGUCAUCAAAGGUACUCUCACUGGCCAGAAGACUGCCCACACGUGUAAUCCAAUCAAGAAGUUUAGCCGAUGACUCCGAUUAUGCUCCACGUGUAGAAAAAUCUAUCAACCAUGUGACGCUAUUGGGAAGGGUGGGAGCAGACCCCCAAAAGAGAGGGACAGAACAACAUCCUGUGGUCGUUUUUUCACUAGCAACUAACACAAACUACAAGUACGAUUCAGGAGACUUCGGGCAAAAGACAGACUGGCACCGCAUCUGUGUGUUCAAGCCGUCUCUCCGCGACACAAUCUACAGCUAUCUGAAGAAGGGCCAACGGGUGCACGUGACCGGACGACUGUCGUAUGGCGAAAUCAGGGACGAGCAAGGCACCGCCAGGACUGCGACAUCCAUUAUCGCCGAUGACGUCAUAUUCUUCCAGACAAACUCGGCCGAAUAGAGCUGGAUUCGCCUUAAGCUGCGUACAGACUUACGUGCCACUAACACGCUUCCGUUCAGCUGAUAUACAGAAGCUAAUGAUUAUAUUUGUACAGACAGAUUUUGGUCCAGUUGUACAAAAGCCUGUUCAAUUUUAAACAUGAUUUAAUUCCAUGAGAACGAACACGCUUUCAAUCAGCUGAUGUACAGCUGAUAUACAGAAGAUGAUGAUCAUAUUUGUACAGAAAAAUUUUGGUCCAGUUGUGCAAAAGCCUGUUCAAUUUUAAACAUGAUUUAAUUCCAUGAGAACGAACACGCUUUCAAUCAGCUGAUGUUCAGCUGAUAUAAAGAAGCUAAUGAUAGCCAAUGAUCAUAUUUGUACAGAAAAAUUUUGGUCCAGUUGUACAAAAGCCUGUUCAAUUUUAAUUCCACGAGAGAAGGGUUUUCUGAUAAGAAAUCUUCUAUGAUUGGUUCUCGUGGCAUUUAAUCGGCAUUAGUUGAUAGAAUUUUGUGCAACAAGGUGUAAGAUACAGACAUAAUAGACAUAGCAUCAUCUGAUGGAAAGCGAAAUGCGCGUGUUUGUGGCGCUUAAGUCUGUACGCAACUUAAUAUACCAGUAUCAGUGAAAUGUGGGAAUUCAGCUGAGUGGGUGUAACCUACUCCGAAGUAAGACUCAGCUUAAACUGUGAGCAUUGAAAUAAAUAAUAGGAUGCUGAUAGUUGGACGCGAUCCCCUAUAAAGCUGGAUUACCACGUAUCAUUGCCAGGGUAUGUCUCCAGUACAGUGAGAAUAUUAUUCCUAUUAGUUCUAAUGGGAAUCUUCACACUCAGCACAACCGAGCCAGUAUGAAUAGUCAAAUUGAAUAGAACAUAGUUUAUUUUCUUUAGACAUAGAUACAAAGGAAGGCUAAGCCUCAACUCACUUACGCGACUCAGGUAGAGAAGAGACUCGACUCUAGUCGAGAGCAUGUGUUUCCAAAUGUUGACACUCAGACCAGUCGAUUCUCGUUUCCGCAACGUCACCAUUUGAAAACACAUGCUCUCGACUAGAGUAGAGUCUCUUCUCUCGACCUGAGUCGCGUAAGUGUGAGUUGAGCCUUAGUGUGUGUUAUUUACACAUUGAGCGUAUAUGUGCAAGUGCAAGCUUGGUUAUGCAUGAACAAGCGUGAGGAUGAGAUACAAAAGUUGAACAGAGCAAUAGGAACACUCACACUGAACGCUUGCACUUGCUGGUUGCGUUCAGUGUGAGCAGCUACUUGUAAGUUACAACGUUUUUCAAUGACAUUUUCCAGAUUUUGUUGGUUUUCGGAUCAUGCAUGAUCUGACGUGCACUUGGACUUAUACGCAUUCAAUGUUAUCACAUCCUUACAUUCAAAGUUUCAGGAGGUAUCUACCUUCAUAAGUCUUAUUAUAACUUAUUGGAAUACUAUUCUCACUGUACGGGACAUGUUCACUGAUACUGAUAUGUUAGAAUCUAGUUUUAUAGUGUCCACUUUUGACUGGUGUGUACUGAAUAGUCAACCGUAGUUGUAAAUCGAUUAGUUUACCAUUAAUUAGGAUAAGGUUAGGUUUAUUUGUGCAUUUGAAUUACUGUACAUGGAAUUACAAGUCUAUAUUUUAGGGUGUUUGUGCACAGAGAGCGGUAGAAGUGGUCCAGGAGUAGGCUAUAUAGAUAUUAAAUAAAAAGACUAAGAAAUUGUCAAAAACCGCAGAUUUUUUAUAGUUAGAAAGACCGGUUCGGUUGUUACACCAUUGUCAAACUCUGAUAAACAGAAUCUCUUUAUCAGAGAUUGAUAAUGAUGUAACAACCGAAACCGGUCUUUUUAGAUAUCAAUAAAAUCUGUGACUAUUGAUAGUUAGAAAGACCGGUUUCGGUUGUUACACCAUUGUCAAACUCUGAUAAACAGAAUCUCUUUAUCAGAGAUUGAUAAUGAUGUAACAACCGAAACCGGUCAACAAAAUCUGUGGUUUUUGACAAUUUCUUAGUCUUUUUAUUUAAUAUGAAUAAUUGCCACAAUAUCAACUUUUCAACUAAACAAAAAGUAUAUAGAUAUUCAUAUAUGAAUAAUUGAGUAUCAUUGUAUUAAUAAAUUAAUAAUAUCUAUGCCCUUCUAAGGUCGCUAGAAGUGGAAACACAGAGUGGUAGAAGCAGUAUUAGGAGGAUAUAGAUAUUCAUGUAUCCAUGCUCUUUUAAGACAGUUGGAACUCGGUACGUCUGAUCGCUCCCUGUGUGAACACACCCCAAGUUAGAGGACAUCUCCCUUGAUGGAUUGCCAUCAAGAAAGUUGCGAAUGUGUACUCACCCCAAGUUAGAGGACAUCUCUCUUGA